AAAAGGACGUGGUGCAUUAUCUGUCUGAAUGUACUGCGGUGUCCUGCGGUACAUUUCCGCUUUUCAGGCAAUAAGUAAGCAAUCCCGAGGCAGAAGCAAUCCACAGCCGAGUUCAUCAAUAGAGGAAGAGAAAGCAGAAAUAGUAAUACUGCCGUCAUGGCUGCAGACCAGGAGAUAUUUCUAAGAGCGAAAAACAGGACGUUCAACGGGUUUACAGAAGAGGAGCAAUGCGAGUGGAAGGAACCCUUCUAUUUCAUCCAGGCAGCAGACCCCCAGCUGGGCUUCAUCAAGGCCUGGUCCAUCAGAGACUGUGAAAACGGGGGUGACGAGUGGGGCGAGGAGGUCGCGCUCACCCAGCAGGCUGUGCAAGCCGUCAACAAGCUGGCCCCCAGACCCAAGUUCAUGGUGCUUUGUGGGGACCUCAUCCAUGCCAUGCCAGGCACGCAGUGGCGGGAUGAGCAGGAGAGAGAACUGAAGGAUGCCCUGAGGGGAGUGGACCCUGCAAUCCCCUUGGUGUUCGUCAGCGGGAACCAUGACAUCGGCAACACGCCCACGCCGGAGACCAUCUCACAAUAUUGCCGCAGCUGGGGAGACGACUACUUCAGUUUCUGGGUGGGGGGCAUUCUCUUCCUGGUCCUCAACUCCCAGCUGUUCUUUGAUGGCUCAGCCUGCCCUGAUCAGAGGGACGCCCACGAAGCCUGGCUCUCUGAGCAGCUGGACUCUGCCCAGCACAGGGCCUGUCGGCAUGUUGUGGUGUUCCAGCACAUCCCCAUCUUCCUGAGCUCCCCUGAGGAGGACAACAACUACUUCAGUCUGGAGAAGACCUUCCGCCUGCAGCUGCUCGAGCGCUUCCAUAAAGCAGGAGUGAAAGCUGUGUUCUCUGGACACUACCAUCGCAAUGCUGGAGGGAUGCACAAUGGACUUGACAUGGUGGUAACUUCUGCGAUAGGCUGCCAGCUGGGUAGCGACCCCCACGGGCUGAGUUUCACAUGUACUGGCUUUGUAAACAAGAAGGUGAUGUCAGACCUCCCCUCCAGCCCACUUUCCUCUUACUGACACACAACAGUCUCCAUGGUGACCAGGAACUUACAAAGGGAAAUGAAGAGGUAGGUUUUAUCAGGUCUUCUGUGUUUACCUCUCUGAGAGAACAUGGAAAAACAAGGGAAAUGGCACCAAAACCACCCACAUAAUGAAGUUGUUAAACAUUUAGUGCCUCUGGUAUGCAACUGUGUACCUUUUUAUCAUUAUUUUUCCAUCACCCUACACUAUUUUAUAAUUAUAUAUAAUAUAAUUCAUAAACAGAUGUCAAGUGUACCUCCCUUGGUUGUCAGUCCACCAAGAAGUAUGCCUCCCUCUAGCAGUGAUUCUCAAGCUAGCUCCAACAUUUUAAAAGUAACUUGAACUCAUCAACUGUUUAUGAAAACAAUUAGAAAGGUCUAAUUAAGCUCAAUUAAGGGUCUAGUUAAGUAAUUGGGAGCUCAGUUGGAAUGAAAACCAGCAGCCACAGCGGUUCCCCAGGACCAGGGUUCAGAACCACUGCUAUAGUGGACUCAGGUGUGCCAGGGUGGUUACAAGACUCUACCUGUCUAAUAAGAUCACAGAUUAAUCAGAUUCAAAAUCUUCUCUUCAAGAGCUAUGACUAAUACCCCAGACUCCUCUGCAUAUUCCAUCAAUUGUGUUUCACGCGAAAGGCUUUGAUCAUUUUUCAUUGUCACUUGUCAGGCUGCUCCCACCACAUUCUAAAUGAGAUGAUGAAUCUCAGGAGCUUUUCAUUAUGUCUUGCUAAGCUUACACUUAGUUGUCUCUUGUUGCUCUCUGAAUCAAACUCAGGCUUGGAAACUAACCAAUCCAGAGCACGUGGCCUCCUAGUCCCUCCACUCUGAACACUAAACAACAGGUAAUUCUACCUAGUCAGCUCCAGGAAUGGAAAUAAGACUCCCAUUGCACAGCAGUUUGAUCAACUCCUGGUUUUACUAUGUGUUUAAUAAGGCAUAUCUGAGCUUACCUAUAAACUGGGGCUAAUCAAGCACAUAUUAAGAACUGGAAUGUGUACAACUGCUUUGGAAUAGGAGUCUUAUUUCCACCCCUGUGAUCAUAAACAUAAUUAAAAAAAUAAAUAAAUAAAAAAUGUGUCCAUCCUGACCUAAAGGAACACUUGAAUACACUGGUGACAGAUUGACAGUCAAUGUAUAUUACAUCAGGGAACUUAAGCAUCAAAAUACACUUAAAGCUCUGUCUCUCUGAGUGUAAACAGCUACCGUAUCCCCUUCCUUCAACACACAGUCACAACUAAUCUGCACACACCACCCUUCUGGUUUCCAGCAGUGGAUUUAUUUGUGUGCAUGGUGGAUAAACCCACUGAAAUGAAAAAUCAAAGCUUGUCCCAUGAAAUGUUAGCUGUUAGUCUAUUUACCCGGGUUAACAGGGCUUCAAUCAAACUUUAUAAAACCAGGCAUUGCUUUGAUUGAAUGGUCUGUUUACCUGUUUUUAAGAAGAACAUAAGAAAAUUUACAAACACGAGGAGGCCAUUUGUCCCAUCUUGCUCGUUUGGUU